CUGCCAUGUCCUACCCCCAGUUCGGCUACCCCUACUCUUCGGCGCCGCAGUUCCUGAUGGCCACCAACGCGCUGAGCCCUUGCUGCGAGACGAGCGGGCGGCCUCUGGCGGACUCGGGGGCGGCGGCGGGGGGGGCGGCCUCGGCCCAGACUCCCCUCUACUGCCCGGUCUACGAGAGCCGGCUGCUGGCCACCGCCCGCCACGAGCUCAACUCCGCCGCCGCCCUGGGCGUCUACGGCAGCCCCUACGCCAACGGGCAGGGCUACGGCAACUACGUCGCCUACGGCAGCGAGGCCUCCGCCUUCUACUCCCUGAACAGCUUCGAGGCCAAGGAGGGGAGCGGAUCUGCGCACGCCGGCCUGGCUCAGGCGGCCGCUUACUACCCCUACGACCACUCGCUCAGCCAGUACCAGUAUGACAGGUACGGCUCCCUGGACGGCGGGACGCGUCGGAAGAACGCCACGCGGGAGACCACGAGCACGCUGAAGGCCUGGCUGCAGGAGCACCGCAAGAACCCCUACCCCACCAAGGGCGAGAAGAUCAUGCUGGCCAUCAUCACCAAGAUGACCCUCACGCAGGUCUCCACCUGGUUCGCCAACGCCCGGCGGCGCCUCAAGAAGGAGAACAAGAUGACUUGGCCCCCCCGCAACAAAGGCGCCGACGACAAGAGGCCCUACGAGGCGGAGGAGGACGAAGACGACGAUGCCGACGAGCAUGAGGCCCGCGGGGAGCCUGCCGCCCACGACCGCCUCAAGAGCCAGAAGCUCGCCGAAGCGGCGAGCCAGGAGGCGAAGGAGCUGGCCUUGAGCGACCUGGAGGACUACGACCCGCUGGAGUCGGAGGGCUCGGAGGGCGAGCUGAAGGCGGCGGCUGCCUUCGGGGCGGCGGAGGCGAGCGAGGGCUGCGCGGACGAGGCGGCGCUGGAAGGCGCCCUGGAGCGGGCCAAGAGCUGCCUGAAGGAGCCCGAGACCUGCGAGGCGGCGGAGUUGCUGAGCGCCCGGCAGCCCCGGGCCAGCUGCGAGGCCAAGCGGUGCUACCUCCACCACCAGCAGCAGCCCCAGGAGCAGCAGCUGGCGGCAGGCGGGGGCGGGAAGCCGCGGAUCUGGUCCCUGGCGCACACGGCCACCUCCCUGGCCCCCGCCGAGUCCCCGCCGUCGUGCAUGCUGAAGCGGGCGCAGGGGGCGCCGGGCAGCGGGGAGCGAACGGCCAAGGACUCGCCGGUGGCCAACCUCAGGAACUGGGUGGACGGCGUCUUCCACGACCCCCUCUUCCGGCACAGCACUCUCAACCAGGCCCUGGGAGGCCCCGCAGUCUCUUGGGCCGGCGCCAAGCCCGCCUCGCUCCUCGAGCCCGCCGCCCUGGGGCGCUCGCUGGCGGGGGGCGCCGCCGCUGUGGCGCUCAAGGGCCAAACGGACUCCGCCAAAGACUUCCUGCCCUUCGCCAAAGCAGGCAGCAAGAUGUUCUGCUCCUAA